AUGGCCGCCGCCGCCGCCGAAUCUGCCCCCUAUACGGGUCCCUCUCCUCGCGAGAUGAUCGAAAGCCACACUCUGGCACAGGAGAUCAUCAACCGCAACAAUGACGCCUGCCCCAUCCUCGACUCUGAUGAGCUGUCUCUCCUCUCCGAUUUUGUCCAAGAUCCAUCGCGGGCACGCUUUCUUCUCGAGACUCGCGGACUGGCCGACGAACCCACCAAGUCUGGUAGUCUUGUGGCCUACGUCAUCUCACUACAUGGCACCGACAAGGCCGCUCUCACUGACGAGGAAAUCAAGAUCCUCAAUAGAUGGUUUGAGAAUGACCAGAAGCUUUGA